AUGAAGGCUGAAAUUCGAAUGCACAGCCAAUUAGACACUACUCGCGAUUUGCUGGAACAAAAACUCGUGAAUGAGGAAGCCGACCUUCUACCCACAGAGACAGUGCCACUUUCACUACCUCAAACUUGUGAGAAGGACGCUAAGGGCUUGAGAAUUGCACCUGUGGACCCCGUAUUAACCAUGGAUGCCCAUGGCUACGAAUUCAAUGGCGUGCCAGAAGGAGCUCAUGUACGUUUCCGACUCUCCGACGGAGAGUUCCCGUGCUCAUAUGGCUGUCAGUCGUAUGUGGAAAUCAAGCAUAAACUGGACAUCCGAUUGACCGGAUUCCGGAGCUGUUGUUAUCGACCUAAAGAAGACACGAUCUCCGAAAGCAAUCAAGUGUUCAUCAUUUACCAUCCAAAUGGACGAACAGCCCGAUUCUCGUUGCGCUUUAAGCGACAAGUCUAG